CCGAGAAAGGACAUAGGCUACUUUUUAUUGCGAAAUAUGUACCACGGGCGAAGUCGGGGCGGACCGCUAGUACUUUAUAAAAUAACUAAUGCCAAUUAGAUGUAUGAACUAACAGAAUUAUCGUUUAUAAAAGUUUGUUAUUUUUAAAGUGUUUUUAAUUAUUAUUAAUUUUAAUUUAAUCUGGCUGCCCAAGAUUGACUUUCACGCGAUGAGUAAGCAAACUCGUUGAACUUGACUUUCGAUAUAUUUGGAAGCUGAACACUAUAAAUACGAUCGACAUAUGAAAGAAAGCAUCAGUUAAUCAGUUUUUGUCGUUCAGUCUCGAACUAACACAGACCACGAUGAACUCGCUGGUGGUGUUGCUUUCCGUGAUGGCGCUGGCCGCCGCCUCUCCUUCAGCUCCCGCUGUUCUCAGCUAUGCGGCCGUACCAGCCAUAGCCGUAGCUCCAUCUGCUGUGUCACACCAAUCUCGGAUAGACAUCAAAUCAUCUCCAGCUGUCAUCUCCGAGACAAUUACACCAAUCACCCGCUCCGUUGUAGCUGAGCCAGCUGCAGUCGUCGCCGCGCCCGCCGCAUACGCCGCUCCCGCUGCAUACGCUGCACCCGUCGCGUAUGCUGCCCCCGCCGCCUACGCUGCACCCGCUGCCUUCGCCGCGCCGGCCUUCGCCGCCGUUGCUCCUGCAGCUAUCUCUAGCCAAUCCAGAGUAGACAUCAAGUCAUCCCCAGCCAUCGUUAGCACCGUUGCCGCCGGACCCGUCUUCAGCAGCUACGCAUCUCCCAUCGCGUACAGCGCACCCGUCGCCUCCGUCUACUCGCCAUCUGCUAUUGCUGCAGUACCUAGCGUAUUCAGAUCAGUAUCUACCGUAGUAGCCGCCCCUGCCGUCGCUGCUCCCGCUGUGGUGUCUGAAACUCCCGAAGUAGCGGCCGCUCGUGCCGCUCACUUGGAAGCUAAGGCUGCUGCCCUUAACGAAGCUCACGCCAUCCACAAACGGUCCGUCGUUCUUAAUGGCCCCGCUCUUUCCUAUGCAUCUCUACCUACUGCUACCGCAUACUCAUCCUUGGGACACAACUACGCUGGGUCUCCUGUAGUCUACUCAACUCCCUUGGCCCACGUUUCGUCCUACGCGCAUGCUCCAGCUUUCGCAAGAAUAUAUUAAGUACCAUCACGAUUGCGAGGUGUCUACGCCUCGGUUCAGAUUGACGAACGACUAUAUAACUUUAAAUAAAUAACAUAAAACAAUA